GGGAGAAGGGGAAGAGUUCUUUUUGGGGGGGCGGCGGCGGCGACGGCGGCGGCUGUGGCUUGGUGCAGGGAAGAGAAGCAACGAAGGUAGGAAAGAAGGGCAGAUAGCGAGCCGGAGAGGCGCGCGGCAGGUCGGUCGACUGGGGAGGGCCGGAGCCGUGAGGGGAGACAGUGAGGAUGGCGGAGCCGCGCAGGGUGCCGUUCAUUAGCCUGUCACCCGUGAGGCGGCGCGAGCUCGACUUCCCGGGGCCGGAGCGUGAACCCGAUUAUCCGCGGGAGCCCCCGCGCCUCGAGCCGCAGCCAUAUCGCGAGUCGUCCGGCCCGGAGCCGCCGGUACCUCGAGAUGCCCACCCCCGGUCGGAACCUUUGAGACCGCUGCAGGAGAAGCCGCCCGCCCCGCCGCGUGAGGGCAGCCGGGCUGAGCAGCCGCCUCAACCCCGCGAACCCCCUCGGCCCGAGCCGCCGCCGCUGCCGCCCCCCCAGUUGCACCUCCCGCCGCCGCCGCCGCCGCCCCCGGCUAGGGAAGCAGCCGUCCGGGCCGAGCCGCCGAGGCCUCUGGGGGAGACGGUGCGCCUGGAGCUGGUGCUGAAAGAUCCCACCGACGAAAGCUGCGUGGAGUUCAGUUAUCCGGAGCUGCUGCUGUGCGGAGAACAACGGAAGAAACCCAAUCACUCAGAAGAUCUGUUUAAUGAUGAGCAUCGAGAGAGGCAUGAAGUGGAAAUGUUGGCUAAGAAGUUGGAAGCAAAAUAUGGUGUGAAAUCUAAACACCGGAAAGAUCGACCACAAGAUUUAAUUGAUAUAGGUUUUGGCUAUGAUGAGACAGAUCCAUUCAUUGAUAAUUCAGAGGCCUAUGAUGAAUUGGUGCCUGCUUCUCUGACCACAAAAUAUGGAGGAUUUUAUAUCAAUACGGGUACACUACAGUUCCGCCAAGCAUCAGAUACUGAAGAUGAAGAUUUUUCAGAGAAUCAAAAGCACAGGUCACCUAAAGUUUCUAAAGUAAAAGAUGAUGAUGUUGGAAUAAAAAAACGAAAGCGGAAAGAAGAAGGGGAAAAAGAGAAGAAGCCUAGGAAAAAGGUUCCUAAACAACUGGGAGUUGUGGCUUUAAAUUCACAUAAGUCUGAAAAAAAGAAGAAGAAAUUCUACAAAGAUCCCCUUUCUCUAGAUGCCAUGAUAAGAAAAUUUCAGAAAGAAAAAGAAGCAUUAAAAAAGAAAGAGUCUAAUUCCAAAGCUCCAGUUACUAUGUUGACUACCACUCUCAGUAAAUCUCCUUCAUCUGCAGCUACAGCAAUGGGAAAUGAAGUCUCAGACUUAAAUCUUAAUAGUGCUGACCCAGUCCUUUCCAUUUUUGGUAGCACAAAUGAACACGAACUACUUCAGGAGGCUGAAAAUGCCCUAGAGAUGCUUGGUGAUUUAGACUUUGACCGGCUACUGGAUGCUACAUCCAAUGGUAGUCCAGUGUCUGAAUCAGGGGGAGAGAAUGGAAACACUUCCCAGCCAGCCCACACCUCUCAGGUUCUUUUACCCAAGGUGGUGCCUGCCCUCCCAGAAGGUCUGCCAAUUCGUCUUGAAAAACGCAUUGAAGACCUCCGCAUAGCUGCCAAGCUUUUUGAUGAAGAAGGUAGGAAAAAAUUCUUCACACAGGAUAUGAACAACAUUCUACUGGACAUUGAAUUACAGUUACAGGAACAAAGCCCAGGCAUCCGAAGUGGAGUCUAUUCUCACCUUGAGGCUUUUGUACCAUGUAAUAAAGACACACUGGUAAAACGUCUAAAGAAGUUGCACCUCAAUGUACAGGAUGAUCGUUUAAGAGAACCAUUGCAAAAGCUGAAAUUGGCUGUCAGCAACGUCAUGCCGGAACAACUGUUUAAGUAUCAAGAGGAUUGUCAGGCUCGAAGUCAAGCUAAGAGUGUUAGGUCACAAGCAGAUGAAGAACGAGAAAAAAAUGGAUCUGACGAUGAUGAUGAAGAAAAACCAGGAAAACGGGUCAUAGGACCAAGAAAAAAAUUCCACUGGGAUGAUACCAUUAGGGCUUUGUUAUGUAACCUUGUCAAGAUUAAGUUGGGAUGCUAUGAGCUAGAGACAAAUAAAAGCCAAUCUGCUGAGGAUUAUCUUAAGACCUUUAUGGAGACAGAAGUGAAACCAUUGUGGCCUAAGGGCUGGAUGCAGGCUAGAAUGCUCUUUAAGGAAAGCCGAAGUGUUCACAAUCAUCUCACUUCUGCUCCGGCAAAGAAAAAGGUAAUUCUGGCACCUAAACCCAAAGUGAAGGACUGCAGUCCAAAAAAGGACCAGAAAAUACCUGCGUCUUUAUUAUCUUCAGUUGGUGGUCCAUCGGUGAGCUCUCUUACUUCUGCUGUUGCUCCAGCCAGCUCUAGCAGUACACCUGCCCAGGAAACUAUUUGCCUUGAUGAUUCACUAGAUGAAGACCUUUCUUUUCAUCCACCUUCACUGGAUUCUGUUUCUGAGGCAUUGGCUGUUAUCAAUAAUGGGACCAAGGGCCCUCCAGUUGGCUCUGGAGUUGGCGUACCAACUACAAGACCUCGACCAGGACUUCGGGAAGAAAAAUUAGCAAGUAUCAUGAGCAAGCUGCCAUUGGCUACUCCAAAAAAAAUAGAGUCAGCUCAGACUGCACAUUCAUCAAGUCUUAUUGCUGGCCACACAGGACCAGUACCAAAGAAACCCCAGGACUUAGCUCAUACUGGCAUCUCUUCAGGCCUUAUUGCUGGUUCCUCAAUUCAGAACCCUAAAGUUUCUUUAGAACCUUUGCCAGCCAGGCUUCUUCAGCAAGGACUCCAACGGUCAAGCCAAAUCCAAGCAUCUUCUUCUUCACAGGCCCAUGCCUCUUCUUCCUCUUCCCAAGCCCAAGCUGCUGCCUCCUCUCAUGUUUUGGUUACAUCUUCAGAGGCCCAAGAAUCUUCCUCAGUAACACAAGUGACAAAGGUGCACCAGCAUUCAGCUGUACAACAAAACUAUGUGUCCCCAUUACAAGCCACCAUUAGUAAAUCACAGACUAACCCAGUGGUAAAAUUAAGUAGUAAUCCCCAACUUUCUUGUUCCUCCCCACUCAUCAAGACUUCAGAUAAACCACUUGUAUAUCGCCUUCCUUUGUCUAACCCUUCCUCUGGAAGUGGCUCUCAAGGGUCCCAUCCGUUGGUCUCUCGGACAGCACCUAGCACCUCUACCUCUAGUAACUAUUUAGCCAAGGCCAUGGUGUCACAAGUUUCCACCCAGGGUUUCAAGUCUCCUUUUUCUAUGGCUGCAUCCCCUAAACCUGCUGCAUCCCCUAAACCCGCUGCAUCUCCUAAGCCUGUAACAUCCCCUAAACCCUCUGCCUCCCCCAAGCCCUCUGCCUCCCCCAAACCCUCUGCCUCCCCCAAGCCCUCUGCCUCCCCUAAGCCCUCUAUAUCAACUAAACCGUCUAUGUCAACUAAACUUCUUAUAUCUAAAUCCAAUCCAACUUCCAAAUCUGCUGUAUCCCCCAGUUCUUCCAAUUCAAGUGCACUAGUAGCCCAGAGUAGCCACUCUACCAGUAACAAUCCAAUCCAUAAACAGCCCAGUGGAGUAAAUAUCAGCAGACAGUCUCCUACCUUGAAUUUACUGCCCUCUAGUCGCACUUCAGGCCUUCAGUCUGCAAAAAAUCUUCAGGCCUCUUCAAAGUUAGCUAACCCAGCAUCCACUGGAACUGUUGGAAAAAAUAGCUUGAGUGGAAUUGUAAUGAAUGUACCUUCCAGCAGAGGUGGCAAUCUAAAUUCAAGCGGAGCUAAUAGGACUAGUCUGUCUGGGGGGACCGGAAGUGGAACACAGGGUGCUACUAAACAGUUGUCUGCUCCACAUAGACCAUCCACUGCCUCAGGGUCUUCAGUUGUAACAGCCAGUGUGCAGUCCACAGCAGGUGCAUCCUUAUUGGCUAAUGCCUCGCCUCUCACUCUCAUGACAUCACCACUGUCUGUAACAAAUCAAAAUGUGGCUCCUUUUGGGAUGCUGGGGGGCCUGGUUCCUGUCACCAUGCCCUUUCAGUUUCCUUUGGAGCUGCUUAGCUUUGGAACUGACACAGCUGGAGUGACAACCACCUCGGGAUCUACCUCAGCCGCUUUCCACCAUAGCCUAACUCAGAAUAUGCUGAAGGGUUUACAGCCAGGAGCUCAGCAUUCAACAUCACUUUCUCACUCACCUCUGCCUAGUCACCUACAGCAAGCUUACAAUGAUGGAGGCCAAAGUAAAGGGGACACUAAAUUACAACGGAAAACUCAGUGACUUUCCAGCUAGCAAAGGAGUUGGAACACUUGAUUGGCUGAUGGGAUCUACCUGAUGGGAAAGUACUUAUGUGGUCACAGGGCUGCUGUUUCUGUCAAUGUUUACAUUCUCUAGUCCCAAGCACUGUGGUGAGGAGGAAAAGGAAAAGAAAAACAAUACUUGAUCAAAGCCAGGUGCAGGAGGAAGAAAGGCUUUUGUGCAAAAUUAGAGACCUUGUUCUCUUCUAUAGAAAGACAUAGUUACAAUUCUAACUGGCUUUAAAGUGAUUCAGUUGUCAAACCCACAGAGUACAAACUUGAUUUUCCCCAGGGGAGGAAGAGGAAUUUGAAUAGAUUGGGGUGAAUUUCAUCCAUCCUGGGGAUUGGGGCCAGACCACUCUGGGUGCAGAUAUAAUUUCAUAAUAAGAGAAAAUAUUUUAGUCCAAUAUAUCUGAAAUUAGAUCAGGUUAUCAGGAAUAAUAAUUACAUCUGCUUGAGUGGCCUAUGCAGCAAAUAAUAAAUUUGCCACAGAGAACCCAUUAACAUGUCCAGUGUCUGAUACAGAAUAGUAAAUUACUACUAUAUCCUCAAAAAUCCUGAUCAAACUUGAACCUUCUUUACUGAUGCAGGAUCUCCAGCAUGUAGUAAUCCUUCCAUGUAGAACAGUAUACAAAGUGGACUGAGGAUGCUGCAGGAAAGAGGAAUAAUAAUAAUCCCUCUCCAGAAACUUAUUUUAGCACAGUGAUAGGUAGUAUUAAAUCAUCUAGAUUUUUAAAAAGAUAAUAAGAAAAUGGAGUCUCUCUUGCUCUUAUCAGUUCAAAUGUAAAGAUUUUCCCCUUUUAUCAAAGGGUCACUUUCCCCUUAGACACAGGUACUUAAUGAAUUUUGGCUGGUAUUUUAUUUGUCUGCUAUUAAUUGGUCAAUUCUUAAUUUCCACUCUUUUUUUAAUAUAGCUACUGUUAUAUUUUUCUCUUCCAAAAGGUGGGAAACCCCCAGGGACAAUUCCCACUGUGUGGUCUCAGUCUUUGCUAGUCUAAUAAUAUGACUUGUGACUCUCUUUAACCUAAAUUCACAAUUAGUUUACAGAGUUAACUAAUUUUUUUUGUUUGAAUAGUGGUACUUCAGAUUAACUUUUGAUUUAGACAGUAAUCAGUGUAUUUAUAAUAUAAUGGUUCUUCAGCAGCCAUUUUGUGUGGCAGUCAUAUUUUGAGUGUUAUAAGUCAGCAUUAAAAAAUUAAUUCAUGGUACCUAAGAGAACAUCGGGUCUAGUAUCAUUAUGUAUAGUAAGGAAUUUUUGUGAAGAUUUUUACAGCCCAUCUCUCCUGCUAAAAUUCUAAAUGCCUAGUUUAUUGUCAAGAUCCUAAAGUCUCAUAGCUAGAAGUUCUAACAGGAGAGUUAAUCUGAAGAUUUGAGACUCCUCCACUGGCUCUACUUCCAUAUGAACACAUCACCAGUGGCAGAGGAUUUUGAGUGGGCACAUGGAGGAAAAUAUGAUUUGUUUGGUUUAAUUUGACUUUGGUUUUUGGUUUGAAUUUUAAAAAACAAACAACAUUGUUCUGUUUUCUUUGCUUGAAGUUUAGUUUUCUUAAAAGCCAUGUUUUUCAUAUUUUUAGCUGUGCUCAGAAGUAAAGGCUUUUGUAUUCAAUAUAUUUGUAUAAUAAAUGACAGAGUAACCUAAAAUAAAAUCAUUCAUUGAGCUUUAGAAUUCUGAUAAAAAGAUUUCCUAUCUCUUAUUCAUGGGAAAUCAUGUCACAUAGUUCAUUUAGGUUUAUGAGAGUACAUAUGCUUACCCAGACCCUGAUUUUCCUUUAUAUAAAAAGUUUCUUGUUGCCUACAAAACUAUUAAAUUGCCACAUUUGUACCUGGAUUUUUUAUUUUAAAGUCAUAUUGACUUUACAUUGUGACAAAAAACAUCUUUUUAAACAAGUAACUGAAUAUCUGAGAUUGAUCAUAAUCUAGGGAAAAGAUUAAUUUAAAUUGACUCACUGAUAAAGACUUUGUUUCACUUCUGUAAACCUAAGAAUUUAGGUUACCAUGAUGCAUAUGGGAGUGUUUUCUCAAUCCUAAUAGGCAUUUUGGAAGAAUUUGGAAGAAGUUGCUGACAGAGAGUCUAGGGCUAAAUUAAUAUGAAUUAAGUUUUAAUUAAAUUUAUAGUAGAGAUAUUUUUCUACUAUUUCAUACAUUUUAGUAUUGUCAGCAUUUUGCUUGUAUUCACUAAAUUUAGUGGCAAAUAUGAAAUUAAUUCAAAGAAUUUCUCUAUUUGUAUCUGUUUGAAUGAAUAUUACAAGAUUUUUGUUUUAAGUUUAGCUACCUGUGAAGAAGGUUAGGGCUUUCAGAGUAUUAGUAAGCUUGCUACUUCUGUUAAUUGUGCCAUGACAUACUAAAAUAACAUCACUUCAAAUUUCAUAGUAGAAACACUUUAAUACUCAUACUUACUGAAUUAACUAAUGUUAAAUCAUGCCAUGUUGAUUUCUUUGACUUCCCUGUGUCUGACUGACAAUAGAAUUAUGAAUUAUUUUCCCAGAUGUUAUUUCAUAUCCACUAACAAAAGUAUUUGAAGGACUGAAGUAUCUGAAGAAUCCUUAUUUUUAGGGUUCAGAAGCAUUCAGGGUUCAUUGUAUUCAGUCUUUAAUCUCUUUAAGGUUCUUUUCAGAUCUUUGAUUAAAAAAAAAAAAAAAAACCAUUAUAAGUAACCAUACCAUACUCUGUUCUAUUUCCCCACGUUUUAAAAUAUUGUACAAUAUGAGUUAGAAGGCCAGUGCACACCUAGAUACAUAUAAUUAUAAAUUUCUGCCCAUAGAUAAAUGCAUUUUUAUACUUAGAUUAUAAUGUUGAAAUCACCCCCUUAUUCUUGUCAUUGUACAUUUGUACAGUGUGUCAUACUUGAAAAGAUAUUCAAUUCAUAUGACUAUUUUCAGCACUGGUGUAUAAGGACUUGUAGGUCAUAUUGUACUUUUGUACUUAAACAAGGAUCAGAUUUUUGUGAUUUUUGAAUAUGUUACAUUAUUGGAAAGAACAUUAGUAGAUUCCACAUUUCUUUGAAAGGAAGAGUGUUUUUCUGUAAGAAAAAAAGCAGUGCCCUAAUGCAAAAGGAGAGUUAGCACAUUUAACUGAAUCCCACUCAGUAGGGUUCUUGUUUCAGGAAGACUAAACUGUUUAUUUUCAACUGUCUUAUAUUUUUAAUGGCCUUCAAUGAUAUAUAAGCUGUUAUUGUACAUAAAAAGGAAUCCUCAGUAUUCACAAGCAAUAAUAGCCAGUACAGCUGUUUCUUGACUGAACAGCACUGAGCUUUAGAUUGGGGACUGUAUGGGAGCAAAGUGUCAAGCUCACUCAGAGCCUCCAAAAUAAAUGCAAGCAAUAAUGUCAAAGAUAACCCUAUAAUAAUGCCUUCUCAUGUACUUGAGAGAUCCAGAGAAAAUAAUUUAAAAUUUUUCAGUGAAACCUGGGGGAAAAAAGCCAGGUUAAUCUUGAAUUACACAAUUCCUUUCUCAGGAUCAGGAAGUCAGAUGAUCAUGUUUAUAUACUCUUCCAUGCCUACCACCCCUGUGAUGGAUGUUAGUAGCCCAAAUUUAUGGGUUUGUUUGUUUGUUUGUUUGUUUGUUUUUUUAAUAAGGGAAGUUGGAUGGGGUUUAUUCUAUCAUCAAGUAAAGGGAGAAACAGAAUCAGUAGUAUGAAGAAUGCUGUGGGUUUGACAUCUGUUUAAUAAAAAUCUAUUAGAAGUGAAUUUUAACCCAGGAUCUUUUUUUCCCCAAAGCAGAUAUAAAUUGUUUACUACCCAGGGUUUGGGAGGGGCAGAUACCUUUAGUCUCUUUCCUAUACCCAUUAUCAUAUCUCCUUGGACCUCCACUUGGUACAAGACACUUUCUGGAAGUUAAAAUAGAGAUAUCCUAUAAUUGUCUCAGACUGCCAUUUAUUAAAAGAACUGUAUAUUCCUGGGGAUCAUCUUUUAGGACUCCAACUGUCUAUCACAUUUGCUGCUACAUUUGUAAAAUGAACUUUGACUGUAUUAGCAAACUUUAAUCUAGUUUACAGUUCUUUAAUUGGGAGAGGGGAUCAUAGUAGAAUUUUGCUCAUGGAUAGAAAUGGGAUAUUUUAUUUUGAGAGUGUACCAUGAAAGCACAGUGGUCCCUCUAUUCUAUUUUUGAUUGUUUGGAUUUUGAACUUAUUUUAAAAGAUGGAAAUAGAAUUAAAUAAAAUUUGUAGUCAAACCAAACUUGAGAAAUCUUCCUAUACUUCAGCUCCCCAAUUUCUGCUGAACUGAAGUUGUUAAUAGGAACACUUAAUCUCAAGGAUUUUUUUUUGGUUGUUAUUGUUAUUUCUGGUUGUUGUUUUUUUUUUUAAUAAUGAAGCAGAAAACAAAUGCAGUAGGUAAAUGACUAAUAUUAUGCAAUUUUUAUUUUAUAAAAAUUUAAGGAGGAAAAAAGCAAAAUGUUGUUGAAUUUUAAUCAGUCUCUACACUUGCAAAAUGCUUAUUAUUGUCCCCUCUAAGAUAUGCUCUGUUCAGGCCUUUGUCCUUUGUUAAGUGCCUUUUUUUUCUUUUCUUUUUUUUUCCCUUUUGAAGCUGUUCUCAGAGAUCCUAAAGUGCAGGCUGAAUAGUCAGGGAUUUGGGAAGGAAAUCGUAAAUUUGCCAAGGUGACAUCAUGUUGAAAUACUUUUCCUUUUCCUAAUAUGUAUGUGGCUAUAUGUGUAAGAUAUUAUAUAUAUUAUGCAUAUAUAUGUGUAUAUAUGCAUAUACAUAUUAUAAAAACUAGGAGCUACUACCAUUGCAUCCUUUCUGAACACUCUCCUCCAACACUCUUGCUUUUAAGAAAUGGGUAAUCAAUAGAAAUAGGUAAUUGGGAAUCAUGUUUCCAGAUGGUAAUAACUGCUGCUUUGUGUUGAUGCUUGUGAAUAUACUUUGGAAAAGAACAUUCAUAAGUCUAUUUUUGACAAUUCUAUGUAGGUUCUUGUCACAAAUGGAGUAAAAACAAUAUACUUGCUGUCCACUACUAGAUAUAUUAGGUUAUUUAGGCACUUCAGAUUUUGCUACGAGUAAUGUUCAGUUGUUGAAGUAUUGGAACAACAAGGGGUUUAUACAUUAAAGUGAUUGGGUACAUUUCAGUAUGGAGUAAAGCAAAACUACUAUAAAUUAGAUUUGGUGUUUUAUAUCUAAACAGUCUCUGAGGGAAGUGAAUGUUUUUCUAUUAUAAGGGGAGGGGGACGCUAAAUUUUCUUCUAAAAAAUAGAGUUUAAAAAAAUCACGUAGCUACAUAUGUAUUAAAAAUAAUAAAAUUACAAUUAUGAAAGGUUUAGAUGCUGAAGAUUGCAAUUACAAUGAAACUCCCCAACUCUAUGUUUAGAAGGGAUCCUUUUUGGGGAUUGGGAGGAGGCAGUCAUUAUGUUGCUCUUGAUUCAGGACAAUGUAAAGUUGUCCUUUGAUUCAAGAAGCAUAUAUGUUCCCAUAGCUAAAAUUCUUCUAUGUAACUAUUAAAAACAAAGAAGUACAUUUUACUUUUAUAAAGGAAUUCAUUAUUUUGGGUCGAAAGUUUGAGAUGAAUUAAUUUGUGAAUCCAGUGUUUUCCUUCUCUAAUGUAGUCAGUAAAUUCUCUUUUUAAAAUUUUUAACUUGGGGUGGGGUAGAAGGGAAGCUAAGGGUGAGGAGAGGAAUAAAGGAACAGUUCCUGGUAGCAUUAUAUAGUUAGAACAGAUAUCAGGUCUCCUGGGUUCAGUCAUAAGCAUUGUCAUUGGUUUUUUGUGUUUAGGAGAAAAUCAUUUAACCUUCGUGCCUCAGAUUACCCAUCAGAAAAUUGGGUAUAAUAAUCUUCACCUACCUCCCAGGGAUAUUAUGAAACUUUAAUAUUUCAAAAGAAUUUUUAGUUUCUCUAAAAUUCCUACAUAAAUGCAAAGUAUUAUUACUGUUUUCUUGUAAAGGCUGAAUAACUGUUCCUCCAUCAUGGGGUCAAAAAUUGUCAUAACAUUUUUAGCAUUUUGAAAAAAUCAAUGAAAGUCUAAUCUAUUCCCGAAUUUGAUAUUUUAAUAUACUCUCUUUAUUCCUGGUGAGAAAGAAAUAUUUAUGUUUGAACUGAAAUACAUUUAUUGAUUUAUUGCACAGUAAGUGGUAUCAUAUAUCUGAAGAGUGUUUUUUGUAAAGUUGUGGAAAUAGAUAUGAAUUUGGGAAACCCCAAAAUAGUUUAAAAGCUUAUAUAAUCUGAUUAUUUUCUAAAGAUUAAAACUUUCUUUAAAAAAAAAAAAAUAGAAUGUAUAACAGUGGCACCAUACUCUACUGCUUCCUGUAACUGAAUUGUCAAUACAACAAGUUAACAUUGCCAUCAACAAAAUGGCUAUAAGAUAUUGGGCUGAGACGUGGCAAAUGAAUUAAGUUUAUAAUUGACUUAUUUUGGGGGUUAAUAAUAGUCUUGAAAGGUAGCUAUUUUCUUCUUCUAGAGCUAAUUUUGUUAGACCAAACUCCUUUUUUUUUAAGAGAUUGGUAGGAUUUUAACUUUAAAGAUGAGAAGAAUUUGGGAGACAAUUUAUAAUGGAUCUUUCUAGGAAUGAACAUAAUGAGUCUUCAUUUUACACAGGCAAACAGGCUCACCUGUAACACAGUUUUAUUUUGGUGGGUAGAGUGCCUAGCCAGCUUUGCACUGAAGUGACAAGCACUUCGAUCUUGUAACUUUGUCAGGUGCAUAACCAGCUCUAUACACUCCCUUCUCCAUUGGUGACAAGGUUCUGCUUCUCUGUUCUCAGAAAAGCCCAAAAUGUAUUGCAUUGGCUAUGUGGGACACAGGAAUAUGGAAGAGAGGUAGAAUAUAGGUAUUCUUCUCUUUCAUGAAUAGGGAAUAUAAGUAUGUUUUUCCCACCUUAAAGGAGAAAAUCAAAUCAUGUUUUUCUUUUUUCUUCAUCCUUAUUUCUUAAGUAGCAAAUAUAUAUAUAUAUUUCUAAUCAUCAUAAAACCUCAGUAGGAAGUACAGAUUUGAGUAACAGUAAAAAUGCUGAGUAAUUGCCAUUAGGGUAUGUUUGUAGAGUUCAGACUGUAGCCUGUGAUCAGGGUCAGUCAAGAGAGUGAAGGAGAUGAAUAUAGGCCAUCUAGCCAGAAUAAAUCAGGAGAGCACCCCGGGCCCAAGUCAAGCAAAACAUCUGGUUUAGCUUGCAAAGUUUUCCAAGGACCAAUUAGUUUGGCUCUAGCGAUUAAAAACUGAUCUUUUUUGAUUGCUGUUUUGUUGCUUUUUUUUUUCCAGAUAAAGCCUUAGUUUUCACUAAUAUCAACUAUGCAGAUAAGUGUAUUCUUUGUUUCCCAGUAUUAUAUAACUUCUUCCUUUUUUCCCAUUCUUCAAAUAACAUGUUAGACUUCUACCCAAAGAUUUAAGGCAAAAGGUUUUGUUGAAUGUGUGUUUUUCAAGGAAAAAAGAGAGAAAUUCUGCUUUGUUUAACCUUGAAAUGUGAACUUUGUAUUAAAAAACAAAAUGCAAACCCUUUCACUGGUGCCAGAGUGUAGUUAAUAUCACAGAAUGGCUUUGGGUUGUUGAACUAAAAUUAUUUCAGUAGAAUGCUUAAUGCUGAGAAUGUUUCAAAUAAUGAGGCAUAUUUUCUGCAAAACUGAAUCAAAAAGCCAGAGUUUUGUUUCUGUAUAACAUAUGAAAAUAUGGAAACUGAAUCCAUAAUUCUUGUCCUUCCUAUUUUCCCAUUAAUAAUAUUUUCAUAUUUUCUAAUCUUUGUUGUGAUUAAAAAGUCCCAUCAAUUCAACUGGCGCAUUGUCUCUCCAGAAUAAAAUUUUAACAAUAUACUCUUUCUAUUCGAUUCCAAAGCAAAGACUACUGUCCAAAAUGUAAUCCAGAGAAGUAGUAUUCACAUCUUAGUUGAGGAAUUUGUAAAGAUUCUUUGUACCUUGCUAAGGCACUAUAUUGGGAGACCAGAACUGUUUUUCUUAUGAGUUUAUUUAAAAUGGUUUUAGUAAAUCACUAGAUUCAUAUGUCCUACAGUGAAAUUAUAUUCUUUUGCAUGUCCUGAAAAACUAUUGUUGAAAAGUAAAUUUUAGUGAUAGAAACAUCUACCUUUGUUUUAGCUCAUGUCCUACUGCUUUUACCUACUCUACUUUCAAUGGAUUUCCAUUUCAUUUAUCAGAAUUUCUGGCAUUUUUCCAGGCUGUUAGCUAAACAUAUGAAGUAUGCCUGUUGAGAAGAGAGGUGUAAUUAUGUAGGUAUCUGUGUCCAGGAUUUAAAGAAGUUACUUGGUCUUAGUGAUUGACUAAGAUUUUUUCUUUUCUACUUUUAUAAUGCAGAAAAGCAGGUUUCUCAGCUGUUAUAAGUAAUGAUGGUGACAUCUAUUGUCUGGGAGAAAGCAAUUGGCAGAUUUGUUCUUUUCUUAGAAGUUGAGGUGCAGUUUUUCCUGGAGGCUCUUAUUGCUCUUAAAGUUUUGCCUCUUUCAUAUCCAGUCCUUGAAAUGGAUAGAAUUGCUCAAUCUCUAUGUUUUUUGGAGAACUGUUUCCAACAGACCUGUUGAGUUCCCAGAACUACCUUUGGGAAUAUUGAUUUUUUUUCCUUUGUUCUCAGACACCCUAGUUACCUAGUUAUAGUGGUGACAUAAAUGUUGAAUUGUACUGUUUUCAGUCAACUUUUUACAAGUUAUACUAAUUUAUUAAAAAAAAUUUUUUAGAAAGAUAAGAUACCAUUCAUUACUCCAGGGCAGAUUGAAAAUAAUUUUCUUUUUAAAAGCCUAUAAAUUUAUUAAACUGUUAUCAUCUUCAAAGAAUAUUUUGAAGUCUGCAACAACAUGAAGCAGGCUAGCCAUGUCUUUUCUGUAUGUUAUCUCCAUUAGCCCAAUCUACUAUACUUCAGCUUUGGCAUUUAAUGUAUCCCAACAUCUAGAAUUCCUAAUUUUUUUUUUAAUUCUACUGUUUUUUGUCUUGCAUAACUACCUAAGACAUUGAUAACUUCUUCGGUAAAAAGUAGGGAUGACAUUAGUUGAUGGGAACUGCUUCUCUUAGCAAUUACUACUUAAUGUAAUUGACUAGCUGGGUGUUUGAUCACUAGCUUUUUGAUACAUUAUUUUUAAGCCUGAAUAUACCUACAUAAUUUCAGUAGACCUCAGUGAGCUUCAUUGGUUUAGCAUAUAAUCUUUACAACAAUAUAGCUAACAGACUUUUCAGAAUUAGAGAAUGUAAUUUAGGUCCAUUACUCACUGGCCAGUUCCCAGUGAAAGGGUUUAAACUGCAGUAUCCUGUGUUUACCACCACUUUCAAUUUUUUUUUUCAAAAUUUAGCUGUAUAUUUGAGCAAAAGUAGCAAAUUAUUCUCUAAUAAAUGAGAAUAUGCAAAGCUGGAAGGCUUUCCAAGGGUGUUUGCCUGCUUAUAGUUGUCAAGUUUAGCUAUAAGGCUGAGGAAAUGAAAUCUGGCUGCUGAACAGUUUUUUUGUCCCAAAUUACAAAUAUUUCUUAAAACCUUCCUAAGGACCUAAAAAAUCAUUAACCAUCUUACCCCACUCCCAACACACACACAGGACGCAUCCAUCGCUUCUUCUUAUUAGCAAAGGGUAAUGCACAUUUGUAAAAAUUGUAAAAAAUACAUUAUAAUUUCUUUGAAUUAUCCUGCUCAGCUUUUUAUUCAGGGUCACCUAACAUCUUUACCCCUCAGGCAUGUGAAUAUUGAUGUUGGGAAGAAACCUUUGCUUAUGAAAGAAAAGCAGGAUGUAACUUCAUGAUGUCUUUUUUUCCACCUCUGAUACCCUUUUCCUUCCCUCCCCCAGAGAAACUUAUCUUCAGAGUACAUUUUCCUCUUUCUCCAGCCACAUUUGUAUAUGAUACCAGCAUGCUUCAAAAACAACCUUGAAGGAAGGGGCCUGAAUAAUCUAUUGCAGUCGCUCUUGUUGAUAGGCACUGAUUACUAUAUUGUGCUUAUUUAUUAGGGAGAUGCAUUUUGCUAAGUUGAAGGGAUACUGUAAUUCUAAAGUGUGUGACUUAAUAUUUUGUUUUUAUUUUUUUCUCUCCUUUAAAAACUGGACCUGAACACAAGCUUUGAUUUGAUUUUUGUAAUAAUCUCAGGACCUGAAAGAUUGUAGCAUUUAGUGUGUCUUAAAAAUUAUGUACUGUACCAGCCAUGGAUUUUUGUAAAUAUACCUGUCUCCCUUUUUUGUAUUAUUUUAGUAAAAAAAAAAAUUAAAUAAAGGGGGGUGGUGAUGAUUUGUGUAUUUGUAUGGGGGUGUGUGUGGGUGUGUGUGUGUAAGUAUGUGCGUGUGAGUGCGUGUGCAUAAUGUGUGUGUAUAAGGCUCUUUUCAAGACAACCUGGUGCUUGCUUAAUUUUCCAGCUCUUGUUAGAGUGGGAAUAUGAACAAACUGCUGCUAUUAAAACCCUGCACUGAGCAUAGGUAUUUCCAUUUUAUCCUUUCUGAUAGUUGAUUGGAUGCUAGCUACCAGAUUACUAGUAGGAAGUUAAACCUCCUCUUCCCACUACCCCACUGCCACCUGCAUUCUUAGUUGUGCAGGAUAGAAUCUAAACCUUGGGAAGCUUAAUAUUAAAGAUCUACUUUAAUUAAAGAUUCUUCUAUUCUCACAAAAUAAAUCUCCAUUUUCAAAGAUCUACUUUUAAGAACUCUUCAGAGCUAUAUAAGAAAUGCUUAAAGCAGUUUUAUUUUAUAAAACAUUAGUCAUCCUGUAACAUUCUAGUGUCUUUUAGUGGGACAAAAGGGCUUGAACAUUUCUAAAUGCAAAUCUGUGAAAGUAGCAAAUUAACUCAAUGGAUAUGCCCCAAACAGUGCAGGGAUUUUGUUUUUUAUUUUGUUUUGUUUUAUUUUUUUGCAACAGCCUUGCUCAUAUUCCAGACAUAGCUAGCAGUUCCCUGUUUUAAAACAGGAGCCUUAUUUGAUUCAGCUGUAGAUGUUUCCUGUCCUUCAUUUGUGGCAGGGCCCUUUUACAUGAGUGUUCCUUUUUUUCUUUUAUAUGUGUCACGUGUCUGUGUUGUAUUAAAUAAAAAGGAAUGUACAUAUUAUUCCUGUCUGUUGUGCUCUUAUUGAUUUGGGGCAAGAGGGCAUAGUGGAUACUCAAAAGGCUUUUAUUAAGUUCAAAUACUACCUCAAAUACUGAAUAGUUUAACCUGAACAAAUUACUUAAAAUAUGGGAGAGAAAUAACAUCAGUUUCUUACUUCAUCUGUAAAUUGAAGAUAGUAAUUCUUGAAUAAACCAUCUCACCUAAGGUUGUUGGGAGGAAAUCCUGAAAGCCUUUUACAAUCUUUAAAGUAUGUUAUAAAUAUAAGUCAUUCUCAGUUUUGGAAGCCUUUUUGAGUCAUUAUUUUAAUCGUUGUUCUUUGGAUAUCUACUAAGUGCUGUAUUGAUAUUGUGGGCGACUUAGAAAUACAGCAAUAGGCUCUUUGGUUGACAAAUUAUAUAUCUCAUAAUCUCCAAAUCCAUUGUUCAGAUCUGUUGCCAUCACAGUAAACUAAUCAUAUAAGUGAGUUUCAACUACUGCAGCAGACCAUAUCUCUCAAACUUCAUAGCUUUUCAUUCUAGUCCAUUUUAUAUACAUUGAUAAAUCUACUUUCUUACCAUUCAUGUUAUUCUUAUUCAACGACUUUUGGCUUCCCAUACCUAUUAGUAAAAAUUCAAACUAUUGGGUCAGCUAGGUGGUGCAGUGGAUAGAGCACCAGCCCUGAAGUCAGGGGGCCCUGAGUUCAAAUCUGGUCUCAGACACUUAACACGUCCUAACUGUGUGAUCCUGGGCAAGUCACUUAACCCCAUUUGCUUUUAGCAAAAAAAAGAAAAAGAAAAUUCAAACUGCUUAACCGGGCAAUUGAAUUCCUCCACAGUUUUGUAAAAUAAAACUGCUUUAAGCAAUUCUUAUAGAAUUCUGAAGAGUUUUAAAAAAGUAGGUCUUGGAAAAUAGAGAAUAGUCCAUGUGAUUAUUUUGUGAGACUAAAAGAUAUAGAUAUAAAGAUCACAACUUUUUUUUUUAUAUAAUCAGAGAGAUAAGAAAUAACCAAAUGGUGUGGUAGAAAAAACUUUGAAAUUUGGGGAUUGGAUUAGAUCUCAUAAAUUCCUUCUAUCUCUAAUAAUCCAUGAUGGAGAAGUCAAUGUCAACUCAACUGGAAGUAGGACUUCCCCCAGAUCUUACUGAAUAGUAUGUGAAUAGCUGGGAAGAGUAUUUCAAGUAGGGAAAGUGGAAUUGGCAAAUUCAUGGUGGCUGAAAUGUUUAUGGCCUGUGCAGGGGAGAGUAUUUAAAUCAAUCUGGCUGAAUUGUAAAGUAAGUAGUGGGAGAAAAAGUUAAGAAAAGAAGUGGGGCCUAAAUUGUUGAGGAAUUCAAUUGCCUGGUUAAGAAGUUUGAAUUUUCACUAAUAGAUAUGGGAAACCAAAGAUCUUUGACUAGGAAUGUGAAAAUGGUAAGAAUGUGGAUUUAUCAGUGUGUACAAAAUGGAGUAGAAUUAAAAAGCUGCUUUAGGUUGAGAAAUAUGGCAGACUACAGUAGUUGAAACUCAGUUACAUGGUUAAUUUACUAUGAUGACAAUGGAUCUGGAUUUGGUGACAAGAAGAUAAAAUUGCUAUGAUGUGGUGAGGGAAAGGAGGGAGAGAGAAUGAAGAUUUAAAGACUCCUCUCAAAGAUUUUGCCUGACUUUCUGAAUGAUAUCUUUUGACAGAAAUAGAAAAAUCAGGAAGGGAAAGUAGUUUUAGGGAAGAUGAGUUUAUAUUUUAUAUAUGUUUGAGUUUAAGGUGAUCAGAAAUCUAAGACUAGGGAUAUGAAACUGGAAUUUAAAAUCAGCCAAAAAUGUAGACAUAAGGGUCAAUUCAUAUACAGAUGAUAUUUGGAGUCAUGAAAUUGGAUGAAUCUUUAGGAGAGUACAUAAAAAGACAAGGGUAGAAAGCUGUGCUGUAAGGAGCAUCUAUCACCAAAUGGAAGAAGGAACAGGAUGUGCAAUGAGUAGUUGGAGAAAUAGAAGCAAUGUAGUCCAAGAAUCCAGACUGUAGAAUUUCAAGGAGGAAGGCUAUGACAUACAGAGGAGAAAAAAAAGAGAUUAAAAAUGCUAGACUGAAACUAAUCUGAUUUUAAAGGUUUGGUAUAAGCCAACAGUUUAAAAACCAAAGAGAUUACCUGGUUUGGUGAAAAUGGUUUACCAGUCAAGAAUGAUUCAGUGCUUUAUAUAGUUUACAACAUGAAUAUUCUUAUGUAAACCUUUACAAUAAUCUUGUUCAUAAGAUAGUAUAAAUACCAUUAUUUUCAUUUCACAGAUGUAGAAAUUAAGUCCCAAAGAAUUAAGAUAAUGUAAGAAUAAGGAAUAGAGGCAAGAAAUUUGGUGAAAUGAGGUAGAACCAGGUCUUUAAGGUUAAGUGAAUCAAAGAUUAAGAUUCUAAAAGGUUGACAUUCAAAGAUAUGACAUAUGAGUAUGUAAAACACACCUAAGUAAGCCCAAACCUAGGGUUAAAGCUAUUUGCAUUACUUCCCUCUACAACUUGUUGCCUAGAAUAUGGCUCUUAAAGGAAGGGGAAUAUGCUUAUAGCUAUUCAAAAAAAGGUUCAGAGAGCAACUGCAACUCCUGGGGCCUGAUGCCAAUAAUCCCAAAUGUACUGAAGUUGUCCCUACCUCUUCAGCCCUUUAUUACCAAAGAUGAUCAAGAAUUAUUGACCGUCAUUUUUCCUUUCAAGCUUCACAUAGGUAGACAGACAUGGAACAGUAGUACCCUAUCAUUUUUUUUUUCCUAGAUAAGUACUGCCAAACUUUUCCCCUGGGGCAUUAGGACUUUUUAAAUAUGUAUAUAAUAAAAGCUUUGGACUUGAAUUAGAAGACCUGACUUUGAAUCAUGAUAGCUGUAUAAUACUGGCCAAUAAAGGAUGUCUUCUUAGCUUUCAUUGCUUCAUCUGUCACAUGGGGAAUUAACCCUAUACUUCUCCAUAAUAAUAAUUAUAAUAAUAAACUAAUCCCACUUCAAGAGGUUGUUAUAAGAAUUAAAUUUGUAUAAUAAUGUAUGUAAAGAGUUUACUUGAUGUAGAAGUGUCUUAUUUAAAUGUAAUACCUAUUUGAGAUAAGCUUAGGAAACAAGGAAAAGUUCCUUUGAUCUAUUUUUAAUCUAUUUUCACACACUCAUACUUGCCUUUUAUAUAUAUAUAUAUAUAUAUAUUCAACCUAACUAGUAUCCUUUGAGUAACUCAGGGAAUAACUGACUUUUUAAUUCCCUUUUUUUAUAGAGAAGUCAAAACAGUUAAGGAGGCCUCUUCAUCCACUGGAGUUAUUAGGAAGAGAGAAUACUAAUAAACACAUCUCAUUUCCCCCUUCCAUGCAGGCCAGGUGAUAACAGGAGCCUACCUCCUAUGGAAUAGGAGGCAGAGUGGAAAUGCUACACUGGGAUUUAUAGAGAGGUAGGUCAACUUCUCCUUGCCCAUGGUAAUAUAGUAAUGUUAACUAUUCAUCUAUGUUCUCAAUUAGUUAUGUGCCCAAAAUAAACUGGAAGGGAUGUAUACAGAAUUAAGUGAAACUUAGUUCUAAUUAUGUCUAAAGCCUUCAAUAGUUCUAGCAAUUUCAUCUGGUUGGGUUUUGGAAAUAGAGUUAAAUUUAUCAUAGAUUCUGCUAGUCCCAUGAAGUUGAAUACUUAAUUUUUAACAACUUUUAAUUUGUUGGGAGAGAGGAGAAGGGUCUACUUUCUAGCCUAUGAUAUGGAUAUGUAAAUUCAGAUGUCAGCCGGCUAUAGAAGCUUCUGCAACUAAGUCUAGUGUCAUUCAGUAAAAUAUUUGCAUCUUUACAGAAUGCUUUCCAUAAAGCAUUGGAGAGAAAAUACAAGAAGAAUAAAGGGAAAUUUCUGUCUAGAGCAAAUAAACAGUGCAGUUUUUGUGAAUUAUCAUCAGGCAUAUGGAGAAUAAUUUUCAGGGAUUCUGAGGCUUUAUUAAUAGGAGCUCUUUUUGUAGUAGCAAUGAAUUAGAAACUAAGGAGAUACCCAUCAAUUGGGAAUGAUUCAUCUAACUGUGAUAUAUGAAUGUAAUGGAAUAUUAUUAUCCUUUUUUGAAAAUUAUGAAAGUGUUGGUUUCAGUGAAAUCUGUGAAGGUGCAUGAGCUGUUGGAGUCAAGUAAAACCAGGAGAACAAUUUAUAUAGUAGCAACACUGUAAAAAACACCUUUGAAAAAUUCCUGAAAGAAAGAACUCUCUGAUCAAUACAGUGACUAUGAGUCAAAAGAACAUUUGGAAGCUUGCUCCUGAAAGAUCAGUCCAGAAUGAAUGCAGAAUUUUUCACCUAUGUCCAGUGCAGAAUUUAUUUUGCUUGACAAUAUAAAUUUAUUUUUCAAAAAAAGUUUUGUUUUUCUUUCCAUGGGGGAGGAGGGAGAGAGAGAGAUGGAUUUUUGCUUAUUAAAAUAAAAAUUAAAAGGGGAAGGGAACUUAUUUAAUCUUUUGGCUUUUACAGUUCUCUUUAGUUAAUCCCCAGGUAAGAGGUGUAAUAUCUCCAUCCUAUGUCUAGCAAGCUCUUACCUCUUUCCCUCUUAAUUCCAAUGAUAAAAAUCACUGAAAAUCAUUCUCCUCCACUUUACUGCUGUCCCUUUUCUCUCUUCUGCAUGCACUUCACUCUUGCCCCUCCCCAGUCUCUAAUCAGUUUUGUACUUUCCCUCCAUCAAACCCUCUAGAAUCCCCUUAUUGAUAACAAACUGGCUUGUCCUAGGCUUUUUCCUUCUGCACUACUUCAUCUUUUGACACUAAUGAGACUUGGCUUCCCUUUGAAAGCAGUACAUUUUGCCCAUCCUCUCCAGUACUACAUGCAUCUGUCCUGUUUCCAUAACACACAUUGGAUCAAUAGAAGGUCUUGUACCCCAUUUCCUUUUUCAAAUCCCUCUGUCACAAUGUCUGCUUUUUUUUUGAUAUUUGGCCCAUCUACCUGAUUCAUCUCCAGUGGUGUUAUGUUACUCCUAAAUUAUCUUCCUUCUCCUCCUCUUAAGGAGUUUGAUAUCUGGCUAAGACUUCUCCACCCUGAGUCUAGCCCUUAUAUUUGAAGAUUUCAAUAUACGUGUUGAUUUCACAUUUUUUCAACUUUCUCAUCUCCCAGUGCAUACAAAAAUACCCUUGAUUAUAUCACCCAUUAAUGUUCCACCUCUAUGACCAAAACCUCUGAAGCUCCUAUAUCUGACCAUAACAUUCUCUUCUUCCUCAUGCUUCUUCCUAAAACUAGUUUUCAUCCUUAUUGUGACCUUCAAUCCCUCCAUUCCUCAUUGAUGUCUAACUCUCUUUUCUCUGCUGUCAUCUCUCAGAAUUGCAAUUUAGAGUUAAAUGAGACAUAAACAACCAUUUAGUUCAAUCCAUAUCUAAAAACUAUACCAAAAACCCAGCAUAAUACCUCUGACAGCAGUUAGCCAGUAUCUGCUCGAACAUAUAUGAAGGAUAAUUCUUUAUAGAGAUAGCCUGCCCUAAUUGUUUGGGGAAAAAAAAUUGUUUGCUCUUGGUUCUAUGAUCUGGAAUCAAAAACAAAACAAUUCUAAUACUUCUAGGUGGUGUCAAAGAGAGUGCUAGGCCUAGAUACAGAAAAACCUGAGUUCAUUUUCGGCUUCAGAUACUUAUUGACUAUGUGAUCUUCAGCAAGUCACUUAACCUCUUUUUACCUCAGUUUCUUCAAAUGUAAAUGGGGAUAAUAACAUCAUCUGCAUUUUAGGGUUUGACAUUCAAAUGAGAUAGUAAUUGUCAGUGCUUAAUACAGUGUCUGGCACAGAGUAAGUUAAGCACUGUAAUUAUCUUGAUAGCUCAACAGAGCUAUAUAUCUUUUGAAUUCUUUUCCAAUAUCUUCUGGGACAAAAGCCCUUCAUCAUUCUAAGUGCUCUUCUCUGAAUGCUUCCUAGCAUGUUAUUGUACCUUCCCAAAAUGGGACCUCCAAAAUUGAAUACAAAACUCCAGGUAUAAUCUAAGUAGGAAAGAAUACAAAAAUAUAUGACUUCUUUAUUCCUAGAAACUAAUAGUUUCUAAGAGAAUCUUAGAGACUCUCUUAAUACAAACAAGACUACAUUAGUUGGUUCGUUGGUAUUUUAGGUUUUUGACAUCCCUUCAUACUUGAUGAUACAUAUUUAGCUUGCAAUUCACUAUAUGCUCAGAUCUUUUCCAGGCUGUUAAUCAUGCCUCUCUCAUCAUUACUUGUGAACAUUAAGGCUUCAUUUUUAUCUCUAUUGAACUUCAUCUUAUAAAAUUCAGACCAAUAUUCUAACCUGUCAAGAUCUUUUUACCUUUAUUUAAUAUAUAUCUUUAUUUAAGACAUUUAUAAAAAUGUUUACAAAGGCCCAAGCACAGAUCCUGGGGCAUUCUACUGGAAAUUUCCCAAACUGACAUUGAACUAUUAACAGUAGGCUUUGCUAUUCAACUAGUUAUGAAUUUAUUUCUUUGUAUGAUUAGCUUGUCCAUAAUCAUUUUCCCCUAAAAGAUUGGGAAUAGUUACUUAAUCAAAUGCUUUGCCAAAGUUAAAUUUAAGCUUCUAAUUUAGUAGUUUUAUAAAAUAGGGAAAAAGAUCAAUCUGGCAUGAUCUGUUCUUGAGGAAGUCAAGUUAGCUACUCCUUAGUCACUUUUGCUGGAUCAUUAAUUGGUGUCCCAUCCCUUCUGUGUUGAUGUGCCCCAGCAAUCUGUCCUGGGGUUUCUUUUCUCAGUAUUCAUUUUAUUUUGGUGAACUAAGAGUUCAACUCAUUUGAUUUUUACUGAUUAUUUCCAUAUCACUAUAUCUAGCCAUAAUCUCUCUCCUUAGUACUAGUCUAGAAUCAGCAGGUUCUUAUUGAAUAUUACAACUGUAUGUUUCCUCAGCACCUCAGGCUCAAUGUGUCCAAAACAGGAUUCAUAUUUCCCCACAACCCGCCCUUCUCCCAACUUCCUUAUUUCUCUCAAGGGAACCACCAUCCAUCUUACAGUUUUCUCAUUCUAGGAGUCAUUCUCAACUCUUCAUUUUCCUUCACUCCUUCUAGCAGUCAGUUGCCAAGUCUUAUGAAGUUUCUCUACAUAGCAUCUCUCAUAUCCCUUUCUCUCCAUCUUGCCAUUACCUUAAGGUCACCUGAGCUAUGAAAAAAAUAUCCUAAUUUUUUCUCUGCUUCUAUUCUUAUCCCUCUUCAAUUCAUCCUUCACACAACUGACAACUUGGUAUUCCUAAACUACACAGACAUCAUCUCAUUUCCCUGCUCAAAAAAAAGCUCUCAAUUCCCUUUUUAUUUUAGAAACAAAAUGUAAAUUAUUUACAGCCUUCCAUAGUCAGGCUCCUAACUUUUGUGGUUUAAUAUACAUUACUAUACAAUAUAUAUACUUUAUAUUACAACCAAACUGGAAUCCAUGGCUGGAAUGCACUCACUUAUUAACUCAUAUAAUUCCUUAGCUAUCCUUCAGUAUUCUGAUCAAAGUGCCUCCUUCUAUGGGAAGCUUACCCUGAUCCCUCUUACUAGCUAGUGGCCUCCCCUUGGAAAUAACUAUUUACUUUGUGUUUUAAAUGUACUUGUUGUUAGUGUGCAUGUUUGUUUAUUUUUUACUCAUGAAAUAGGAUAUAAACUCUGAGGGCAAAUAAUGUUUAGUUUUUAUUUUUUGUGAUCCUAUCACAUAAUUCUGUACUUGAAACAUAGCAGGUGCUUCAAGAAAAUGUUUUAAAUGAAUAAAUCAAUUACUUCCAGUCAA